AUGCAGAACACGUCCCCUGCAUCCCCUGCUGCUCCUGAGCACAAGACGUACUACCUCUGCGUCGACUGCGGUGGUUCCAAGACUGCUGUCACGCUCACGGACGGCAGCACGGGCGACAUCUGUGCGCGUGUCACUGGCGGGCCCUCCAACUUUUCUUAUCUCGGUCUCGAUGGCUUUCUGAACGAGGUCUCUUCCUGUAUCGAGAAAGCCCUCCACAAUGCAAGAGGAAUUGACAAAGAAGUGUCUCUCCUCCCAUCCGUAGACUCCAACAAGAAGUACUUUGCUGCAGCAUGGUUCGGUGUUUCCGGUGUCGACACACCCGAAGCUGUCGGGGAGAUCAUCCCGCGUCUCAGUGCUCUCCUAUCCUUACCGCCAGCAAGACCGUACCUCACCCUCGCAAAUGACACGACUCUCCUCGCCGCGCCGCUAGUCGCAGCCGCAAAGCAUAACCCUUCUCUCCGUACCUGCGUUGCUGUCGUCGGCGGUACGGGCUCCAUCGCCGCUAGCUUCCGCCUCACCCCGACCACUUCCAACAGCGAACCCGGUCCGGACGCCAUCCCGCAGGAAAUCGCACGUGUUGGCGGUUGGGGAUGGAUCUUAGGCGACGAAGGAGGUGGAUUCCACAUCGGUCGCGAAGCCAUUAGACACCUUCUCCGACAACAUGAGCUUGCCGUCCUUUCCGGUACACCUCUCACACCACCCUCAGACACAGACGAGUCUGACGACCUCCGUACACGGGUAUUGGCCCUCUUCGGCGUGAAGAGCGCACCGGAGCUGCUCGCUAUCAUACACGAUGCGGAUCCCCCGUCCACUGCGGUGUUGAAUCACGCCAAUAUCCACGUCCCGCCUGGAAGCGUGUUAUCCAUGUAUCGAACCAUCGCGCGCGAAAAACGGCUCAGCCAACUCGCCCCGCUCGUAAUACGCGCCGCAUUCGGCGACGGCACUGCUAAAAGCAGUGGCGGCGACCCACUCGCACUUGGCGUACUCAAAGCCACAUCUGCGGAACUCGCUUCCCAAAUUGCAAUCCUCCUCGAAGGUCCUUCCGGACCGGAUCCGGCUUGCCCAAAUGCUAUUCCCGCAAAGUCAUCCCUGCUCAUAUUUGGCGGCUCGCUCGUUGGUAUACCCAAAUACCGUGAUUUCGUACUUGAAGCACUUAGAUUACAGGGACAUGAAUUCACUGCUGUCGAGCAUGUUUCGAACGCUGCUGAGACUGGUGGACGAGUCCUUCAUGAGCUCUUCAACUCCUCCAAGUAA